GCUCAGAGAGUGAAACCAGCCUGAAGGUCCUGCUCCUCCUGCGAGCUUUAAAGAUACACACCUGUUUGUGUUGUUGUUGUUGUUGUUGUUGUGAUGUCGACCCCCGGGGGCUCCCUGGCCUGUGAGGGGAUGUACUCCAAGCUGAUAGACGACGAGGGCGCGCACGACGAGGUGAACCUCAGGCCAGAUGUGGGACUUGGCGCUUACCCGGCCCCCCCCGUCAGAACGGGCCCCCGGCCGGGCGGCCCCGGGCCCUACCGUCUGGCCACCAUCUGCCUGGCCACGCUGUGCGCCGUGCUGCUGAUCUCCAUCAUCGCCGUCACCAGUAAGAAGGAACCUCAGAGAGACGCAGGAGGCACCUCAGAGAUGCAGAAGAAGGACGCAAACACGUCGGCGCUGACCGCCGCCAUCAGCAAGCUGCAGCAGGAGAAGGAGGAGCUCCAGGCCAAGCUGGACCUCAUGGUGGCCAGCAAAGUCCCCGAGGUGACCAAACCCCCCACCAGGGCCUCCACAAGGGCCCCCACCAGGGCCCCCACCAGGGCCCCGCCCGUCUGCCCCCCGGACUGGAGCCUCUUCAACAACAGCUGUUACUUCAUCUCCAGGACCACCAGGGAUUGGCCUGAGGCCAAGUCCUUCUGCCAGAGCCAAGGAGCUCACCUGGCCAUCAUCCUCACGGCGGAGGAGCAGACGUUCCUGUGGGAUCUUCUCCCCAGAGGCCACUGGAACUCGUUCUGGUUUGGGAUCACUGACGAGCACACAGAGGACCAGUGGAAAUGGGUGGACGGCAGCGCGCUGGUUGGAGGGUUCUGGGAGGUGGGCGAGCCCAACAACCACAUCGACGAGGACUGCGGCUACAUCGUGAAGACGCUCGUGCUGGAGCGCGUGGCCAUCCGGAGCUGGUACGACGCGCCGUGCACCAUGUACCUCCCCUUCAUCUGUGAGAAGGAGAUGGGCCGCGGCGCCAGCACCGCCACGCCCCACUGAGGACGCCGGCAGACCGGAAGAACUCUUCAUCGUUCUGAGCUGCUGCUCCUCGUUUAUUCCCUUUUGUGUUCCCUUUUGAGUUUUAUAUACUGUAUAUAUAAACACAUCCAUCAUCAAAUUGAUUUAAUAUCUGUAAUAGAUUCAUCGUGAGUGUUGUCAUGGUGACACAGGUGAUAAUUGGAAUCAGGCGCUGAGCCGUUCUUUUGAUUGGGUUUUGAUUUUGACAUCAAUCAAACGUUUUAAAUGAUGUGCUAAAAAUGUCCUGUGCAUCUCGUAAAUGAAUAAUAAUAAUUUCUUUGUUGGUUAAUUGGAUUUUGUCACGUGGAAUGGAAACGAUUUCCCCCGUUGCUUCACACUGCAGCAGACCUUGUUGUUGUUGUUGUUGUUGUUGUUGUCCAGCAGGUGGCAUUACUCACACUAGUCGUCCACCUGUUGACUCCACUGCACAAAGUCUGCAGGCCUCAUUCAAUGUGGAGAAAACACAGAGAAACUUCAGUGGAUCGUUCAAAUACAUCUUUUAUGUGCAUUUUUCUAUUCAAGGAGACGUAUACAAGAUUUCCUCCUUUCUCAUAUUUCUGAUUUUUGGAUACAAAAUGUAAAAUGGCUUCAACUGUCUGACUGUUUUUCUAUGAAAAUAAAGCAAAAAUAUGAACAGAAAAAUGGUGUUAACCAUGUGAUUCACUCUCCUCCGUCUCCUGUACAAGAAGAAAACAGCUGUUCUGAUCUUUGUUAAGCAAAGCAGUUCCAUUCAAUUAAAUAAUCUAUUCAAACAUGUUCUAUGUACAAAUAAAUCUUAAAUAAAUAAAUCAUUUUACAAAGGAUGACUUAAAGAAUACACAAAGUGAAACACCAUCGUUAAACACUGAUUUCCGCCCGACGGCCUUCACAGGAACCCGGUUGUGUAGUAAGGUGUGUUGUGUGCGGUUUGUGUUCAUUCCUCCCUCCUGAGCUUGUUAGCUCAGCUCCUCUGUGUCAGCUCAUUAGGCCAGAUUACAG